UAAAAAAGAAAUAAUGCGAAACGUUUAAGAAAGCACCGACAAGUCUAAACAAAUCUGACAAGUGGCCUCGGAGAUAGAUAUACAUUGUAUAGAGCAAAAAAGAUAAUCUCACAUCAGUUUUGACAUUGAGCUCAGAGAUAGAUACAGUUGUUAAAAUUAAACACGUUCGCCAUUGUAGAUCAUGAACAAAAGCAAUAUGUUGCAAUUACGCUUAGAAAGGCCUCUUUAUGAACACGAAAUGCUGAAUCAAACUUACGAUUAUGAAAAACCAAAGUCAUCCUUGAUGCAGAAUGUGAUAAACAAUGUUAAGUCAAAGAAUUGGCAGUCUUGUAUAGUGUCGACAGUUCCAGUGGUACAAUGGCUCAGCCAAUAUAAUUGGAGGGAAGAUAUAUUGCCUGAUAUUAUUUCAGGUCUAACAGUAGCAAUUAUGCAUAUACCACAAGGUAUGGCUUAUGCACUUCUGGGAAAUUUACCGCCGGUAGUUGGCAUAUAUAUGGCCUUCUUUCCUGUCUUCAUAUAUUUCCUUUUCGGGACGUCCAAGCAUGUAUCUAUAGGAACUUUUGCUGUGGUUUGCCUAAUGACUGGCAAAGUAGUCACAUUUUACUCAAAUCCAUAUGUCGGACACACGUUUGCAAAUGCUACGGAUGCUGUUUUACAAAAUCUCCAAGAUGUCUCAUAUGGAUAUACACCUAUGCAGGUAGCAACAGCUGUGACAUUAAUGGUCGGAAUAUUUCAGAUAAUAAUGUAUACAUUCCGAUUAGGCAUUGUAACGACUUUACUGAGUGAAACUUUAGUAAACAGUUUUACAACAGCAGCUGCUGUUUAUGUUUUAAUAUCUCAAAUCAAGGAUCUUCUUGGUUUAAAAUUGCCAAAGCAAAAAGAUUACUUCAAAUUGAUUUUUACUGUUAUAGAUGUAUUUAAAGAAAUAAAGAAUACCAAUAUAGCCGCUGUAACUGUAUCGACUGUAUCAAUUAUUAUUCUUGUUGUCAAUAAUGAAUAUCUAAAGCCAAGAAUGAAAAAAAAAUGCAGCAUACCAAUACCCAUUGAACUUAUUGCAGUAGUUGGUGGAACAUUAAUCUCUCGAUAUUGUGAUUUACCAAAAAUUUAUGAUAUUGAAACCGUUGGGCAUAUUCCUACGGGAUUGCCCAAGCCAGAAGUGCCAAGUUUCGAAUUAUUACCCUUAGUAUUGGUCGAUAGUAUUGCGAUAACCAUGGUUUCAUAUACUAUCACUGUAUCAAUGGCGUUAAUAUUCGCACAAAAGCUUAAUUACGAGAUAGAUUCGAAUCAAGAACUUCUUGCAAUGGGUUUUAGUAACAUAAUGGGUUCUUUCUUCUCCUGCAUGCCAAUAUCGGCUUCCUUGAGUAGAUCUCUUAUUCAGCAAACCGUCGGAGGACGUACGCAGAUAGCGAGUAUUGUAUCUUGCUUAUUAUUGCUUAUUAUACUUUUGUGGAUCGGGCCAUUUUUUGAGCUUCUACCAAGAUGUGUCUUGGCUUCCAUAAUAGUUGUAGCGUUAAAAGGAAUGUUUCAACAAAUCAAUCAACUCGUUAAAUUUUGGAAACUAAGCAAAAUCGACGCUGUAAUUUGGAUUAUAACGUUUUUCGUGGUAAUAUUGAUAAAUAUCGACAUUGGAUUGCUUGCUGGAUUGCUCGUGUCGCUUGUCAUGAUUCUAUUGCAAGUUAUUCGACCUUAUACAUGCUUAUUGGGUCAUAUACCGCAUACAGAUCUGUAUUUAGACAUGGGUAGAUACAAAGCGGCGGUAGAGAUACAUGGAAUAAAAAUAUUUCACUAUUGUGGGACUUUGAAUUUCGCCAAUAAUAGCUAUUUCAAGUCCAUUGUAUACAAACUUGUGGGAGUGUGUCCACAAAAAAUUAUUAAGUACAGAAAAAAAUUGGCCGAAGAGAGUCGCUUUUUGGAUGAGAAAAACUCCAGAGAGACAUGUGAAUUACAGUGUAUAAUCAUGGAUAUGAGCGCGUUGAGUUACAUCGAUCCCAGUAGCGUUCAAGUCCUGCAUAUAAUCGUAGAAGAGUUCACUCAAGUGAAUAUUAAGUUUUACUUUGCUAAUUGUCCUAGUCCUAUUUUCGAAACAAUCAAGAAAUGUGACUUAUAUGUAUAUGGGACGAUGUCAUUGAAAAUCUUUGCAACUAUACAGGAUGCCAUUGCUUAUUUUCAAAGUGAAAUAGCCUCAAGAUAAUGGAAAAUACAAUAGUUUUCUAAUAUACUGUAGUAAGAUACAUAUAUAUAUGUAUACAAUAGGGUAGACCAAAAAAAUUUUUGAAAAUCAAUUAGCGAUAC